CUCUAACUCACUCUACACUCAACACUUCCACACUCUUCUCUGCACUUCUUGCCACGGUGGUGCCAGAGACAGUGAACUGCCUCUGAGGAUUCCUUUCUCCUGAAACUUUUGAGCGAAGAUUGAAUGCUGACGACCUGAGGCUUUCCACCAUAAUGCUAGGUACAGUGAAGAUGGAAGGACAUGAAACUCCAGACUGGAGCAGUUAUUACAGUGACGCGCAAGAGGUAUACUCAUCCGUGCCCAACAGCGGCAUGAAUGCAGGACUUGGUUCCAUGAACAGUAUGAACUAUAUGGGUAUGUCAACCAGCGGAAAUAUGACCUCCAGUUCCUUCAACAUGUCCUAUGCGAACCCGGGACUGGGCGCCGGACUUAGCCCUGGAACAAUGGCAGGGAUGCCUCCAGGCGCAGCCACCGCAAUGAACGGAAUGACAGGCGGAGUGUCAGCGAUGGGCGCUGCCCUCAGCCCCACCAACAUGAACGCCAUGUCCGCUCAGCAGGCAACCAUGAACACGCUGACCCCUUACACAAGUAUGAGCCCGGCCAUGAGCCCUAUGGCAUACGCACAGCCCAACCUGAAUCGGGCACGGGACACCAAAACGUUCAGAAGAAGCUACCCGCAUGCCAAGCCGCCCUAUUCAUACAUAUCUCUGAUAACCAUGGCUAUCCAGCAAUCGCCCAGCAAGAUGCUAACGUUAAGUGAAAUAUACCAAUGGAUAAUGGACUUGUUUCCUUAUUAUCGUCAAAAUCAGCAAAGAUGGCAGAACUCCAUACGACACUCUUUGUCUUUCAAUGAUUGUUUUGUCAAAGUUUCCCGGUCACCAGACAAACCGGGGAAAGGUUCAUACUGGGCCCUGCACCCGGACUCUGGAAAUAUGUUUGAGAACGGUUGUUACCUCCGCAGACAGAAACGCUUUAAGUGCGAGAAAAAGUUGUCUGGGAGCAAAGGAUCAGAUGGAAGGAAAGACCAAUCCGGCGGGUCAGGGUCGCCUCCAAACGACAGUGGCAACACUAAGCUCAGCCAUAUGGACACCAACUCCAUUUCCAGUUCCAACCAAUCGUCUAGUCCGCACAGCAUGGACCACACGAGCAGUAGCACCUCCGAACUGAAGGGCAGCGGGCCACCGGUACACCCUGCGGCCACUUCAGCCACUGCCUUGUCCUCCAUCCCCUUGCCCCCCCACUCGAUGUCCCACGAGUCUCAGUUGCACCUCAAGGGAGAUCCCCAUUAUUCCUUUAACCACCCAUUUUCCAUCAAUAAUCUAAUGUCAUCUUCAGAGCAACAGCACAAAUUGGACUUGAAAGCCUACGAGCAAGCGUUGCAAUAUUCUUCAUACGGGUCAGGCAUUUCUUCCAGCCUGCCUCUGGGCAGCGCCUCCAUGGCCGGAAGAGCCAGCAUGGACCCAUCAGCAAUAGAAGCGUCUUACUAUCAAGGUGUGUAUUCGAGACCUGUUCUUAACACGUCUUAGUCUCGUCCCAAGUUACUCUACUGUAUUGAAGAGAAACCGACAGAAAAUAUUAUUUUAUUUUUGCAUGCACUCGGUGCAUAAAGGACUGUUACUUUAAUGUAUAACAACGUUUAUGUAAAAAACAAAAUAUACUGUAAAGUGUGUCCUUUGAAUGAUUGUAUAUCCCAGUUGGAAAUCAUUGCAGGUGUUUUGCCAGUGUAUUUAAAACAAUUUCCAGCUUGUAAAAUAAUCGUGUAUUCCCCAAUCUACCCGCCGUGUUACAAUGUGCAUGAAUGAAGGUCAAUAAGAUUUUGUGAAAAAUGGAGUGAUGCAGGUUAUAAAAGAGAAAAAGGAGAGAAAAAAAUCAGUAAACCAUCUGUCUGUUUCAGAUGCUCUACACAUGGAUGUUGUCAUUUUAUUCGUUGCUUUGGAUCAUUUGCUUUUUUUAACAAAUACAUUUAAAAACCAGAUUUUGUAUUUAAAAACGUUCAUCAACCGUGGAAAUGCAUAAUUAUAAAUAAAAUAUGUAUUUCUUCAUGAAGCAAAAGCGCAGUCUUUUUGUUGUAUUUUGAAGUCAAAGACUCACGACUAAAGGCGUACAUGUCUGCGUUCAUUCAUGUAUCUGCUUGUUCCCCCUUUGUUUUUGUGCAACUCGAUGUCCUUAAUUUAUUGCUUGUUCAUUCUAAAAUAAAAAAUUGAAAACUUUA